AUGAAGGAAGCGGUCAGGGCAGAGAUACUGAAAUUACUGGAUGCAGGAAUUAUCUACCCAAUUUUAGAUAGUGCAUGGAUUAGCCCAGUUCAAGUGAUGUUAGAGAGAUUGGCUGGACAUUCACACUACUGUUUCCUUGAUGGAUACUCGGGCUAUAAUCAGAUACCUGUCACACCAGGAGAUCAGGAGAAGACCACUUUCACCUGUCCCUAUGGUUUAUUGAAGUUUUCAUGGAUGACUUCUAGAUCUUCAUUCGAUGAAUGUCUAGAGCACCUGAAUUUGGUCUUACAGAGAUGCAAGGAGACUAACCUGGUUUUAAAUUGGGAGAAAUGCCACUUUAUGGUGCAAGAAGGCAUUGUACUCGGGAGAUUUAUAAAAGAUUUCUCGAAAGUCACUAAACCGUUAUGCAAUCUGCUAAUGAAAGACGUAACCUUUGAGUUUAAUGAAGAAUGCCUCAUAGCAUUCAACACUUUAAAGGAGAAACUUACGACAGCACCAGUAAUUGUGGCACCAGACUGA